CAGGUUCAUCUGUCAGACGUGACUCGCAAGCAGACAGUAAUGGGUUUUCCUGCGCUACAGAGGAGGACAUGGACACGAUUUCUCUGUCUGCUUUGGAUUUGUGUGGAGGGCAGAGAGGCAACGCCGCAGUACAUGGUGGCCGUCCCCGGGGUGAUGGAGGUCGGCUCUGAGGCUCAGUUCUGUGCGAGCCUCAUGCAUCCCGACGAGGUUCUGGUCAUGACUGUCAUUCUGAUGUCCAACGAGGCGAACACGACCUUAUUCACGCACUCAUCCAGCCAAGACUUUCACAUCUGCUCACAAUUCACGGCUCCUUUAGUGAACAGUGGAACGACAAACUUGUUUAAAGUGGAGGUAAAAGGUUCAAACUUCUCCUCAGUAGAAAUGAGGAAAGUUUCGUUUGAAGUCUUUAGACCAAUGGUAUUCAUCCAAACAGACAAACCGAUCUACCUUCCUGGACAAACAGUUCAUUUCCGAGUCAUCCCACUGGACAACCAGUUAAGACCAAUCGAUCUGCGUGAUCCGAACAACAACAGGAUUGGACAGUGGCUGAAUGAAUCUUCCAAAAGCAAAUGGCUGGAGCAUUCAUAUUCACUCAACUCUGAGGCCAAACAAGGACACUACAAGAUCGUUACGUACUCGGGUUCAAAUAAUUUUGAAACCUAUCACAGCUUCAGGGUCAAGAAAUACGUUUUACCAAAAUUCGAAGUCCAUGUGAAUGCACCCAGCACCGUGAAUGUUGCGCAGGAGGAGUUUCAGAUUGAAGCAUGUGUGAAAUAUACAUACGGGCAGUCUGUGCCGGGCAGCGCUGAAGUCAAAGUGUGCAGACGGAUUGAGAGUUACAGAUACAGACACAUGAAUUUAACUGACCUCUGCUCGCAACAGACCAAACAGUUGGACAAGAAAGGCUGCACCUCUUUCACCUUUGACGUGUCAACGUUCACAAAACUGGAUCCAAAGGCGCUGAGAGAUGAUUUCAAUGUGAAGGUCAAAGUGGAAGAAGAGGGAACCGGCGUUUCAGCUUCAAAAGACAAACACAUGCGCUUUUCUUAUCAAGUGGGAACACUCUCCUUUUUCGACAUGCCUGCAAGCUUCAAGCAAGGAUCAGUAGUGGAAGGAAAGAUUAGAGCACUUCAUUACAACAACACACCCAUUCCAGACCUACCAGUCUUCCUGUUUGAAAGCUGGUUCCAAAACCUGAUCCAAAACCUCACCACUGACAGCAAUGGGACUGCAGCCUUCUCAAUGAGGACUGACACAUUCAAGGGAGACGUCCAUUUAACUGUGACCAACACACUGAAGCAGCAACCCAUUAGAUCAAAGGCUCCACACUUUCGGCUUGAAUCCCAUCAACUGAGAAUGUGGAGGCCUUCUUCUCCUGACACUAAAUCAGUCAGCUCUCUGCAGGUGAAGAAUACAGAUAAAAACCUUCCCUGUGACAGUAAAUACAAUGUCACCAUCAAAUACACUAUUGUGGGAGAGGCUGAGGGAUCUGUGGAUAUCAUGUAUCUGGUCUUAUCCAGUAAUGUCAUCAUCACACAGGGCUUUAGCAGAGCUGAAGUGAACGAAAGUCCAGUGAGUGAGGGCGAGGUUUUCUUCACUCUGAGAGUGUCACCGGAAAUGGCCCCAAACUUCAAGAUUGUGGCUUACGCCGUUCUGCCCAGUGAGACCGUGAUCGCCCACCGAGCUGACUUCAACACAGAGAAAUGCUUCAGUCACAAGGUGUCAUUGGAGUUUUCUCCACCUUCCACUGCUCCAGGUGAAGAAAUCGAUCUGCAGGUGGCAGCUCAGCCAAACUCUAUAUGUGGGAUUAGUGCUGUUGACAAGAGUGUCCUCAUCGAGGAUGCAAGCAGUAUUCUCAAUGAAGAAAAGGUGUUCAACAUGUGGUCUGCGAGAAAAUCUGUCCACACUUCACGAAUUCCGCACGAGAUGGUUAAAUGCCUGCAAGUGAGAACAAAGAGAUAUAUUAUAUCAAACCCGCAAAAUGAUCAAAAUGAUGUCUUCCAAGUUUUCCUGGAUGCAGGAUUGAAGAUGGUGACAAAUUUAGACAUUAGAAAACCAGUGUGCCUCAUGUACAAAGGUGAAGAAUACACCCUCAAGAGACACUUCGGUCAGUAUCUUUUGCACUCUUCCAAGCCUUUAAUGAAAGCAGUAGCAGGUCAAGCAUUCCGACUGGGGAGUCACAUUCCUUCUGCUCCACCCAUUGAGACAGUCCGAAAUUUUUUUCCUGAAACUUGGAUAUGGGACCUAGUGGAGGUCGGAGAAUCUGGGAGGAAGGACGUCCCCCUCAAAGUGCCCGACACCAUCACCACCUGGGAGACGGAGGCUUUCUGUUUGUCCCCUCAGGGUUUCGGUCUGGCUCCUCGUCAGAAGUUCACCGUCUUCCAACCGUUCUUCCUGGAGCUCACAAUACCCUACUCCAUCAUCCGAGGAGAGAACUUUGAGCUGAAGGCGACUGUCUUCAACUACCUGACCAGCUGCUUGAUGAUCAGUGUCACCCCCUCACCGUCCUCAGAUUACACCCUCACGCCUCUCCCUGAACAGCAGCUUACAUCCUGUUUGUGUGGCAGUGAGCGCAAGACGUUAUCCUGGACCUUCAACCCAUCAGCCUUAGGAGUUGUGAAUGUGACUGUGUCUGCUGAGGCUGUGGCGUCACACAUUUCCUGUGACAACGAGAUCGUGAGUGUGCCAGAAAGAGGUCGCAUCGACGUGGUCACACGGUCUCUCAUAGUCAAGCCUGAAGGAACUGAGAUGUCAAAGACUUACAACUUCCUGCUCUGCCCUAAUGGAGAUGCUUUGACAGAUGAGAUCGAUGUACAUCUUCCUGAGAAUGUGAUUGGGGGAUCGGCCCGAGCUUCCGUGUCUGUCUUAGGCGACAUCCUGGGCCGGGCCCUGAAGAACCUGGACGGACUGCUACGGAUGCCAUACGGAUGUGGGGAGCAGAACAUGGCUCUGCUGGCCCCAAACAUCUACAUUCUGCAGUAUCUGAAAGGCACACAGCAGCUCACCCCAGCCAUCAGGGAGAAGGCGACCAAUUUCCUGACCAGUGGCUACCAGAAACAACUGAACUACAAGCACAGGGAUGGUGCUUACAGCACAUUUGGGACUGGAGCUGGGAACACUUGGCUGACGGCGUUCGUGCUGAGAUCUUUUGCCAAAGCUCAGUCUUUCAUCUACAUUGACCCGGCACAAAUCAAAGAGUCGAACUCAUGGUUAAACCAUAAACAAAAGGAAAAUGGCUGCUUCCAACAGUCGGGAAAACUCUUCAAUAACAGAAUGAAGGGAGGUGUCUCAGAUGAAGUGACUCUCAGUGCGUACAUCACUGCAGCUUUCUUGGAAAUGAACAUUUCUUCGAAUGAUCCUGUGCUGGUGAGGAGUCUGUCGUGUCUCAAAGAGUCCAUGAGUGACCUGAGCAACACCUACACCACCGCUCUGAUGGCCUACGUCUUCAGCCUGGCAGGAGACGUGGAUGCCCGGGACCGCCUCCUGCAGCACCUCGACUCAGUCGCAAUCAGAGAAGGAGGUUUCCUCCACUGGUCCCAGAAAGCCACAGAAACAUCGGCCUCUCUGUCUGUGGAGAUCAGCUCCUACGUGCUCUUGGCCAAACUCGGUGGCUCUCCGACCGUUGGGGACCUGGGAUACGCCUCCAGCAUCGUCAGGUGGCUGACAGGGCAGCAGAACUCCUACGGCGGUUUCUCCUCCACACAGGACACAGUGGUGGCUCUCCAGGCUCUGGCUCUCUACUCCACUCUGGUGUUCAGUCCUGAGGGUUCCAGCACCGUGACGCUUCAGGCUCCCAGCGGUCCGCUGAUGUUUGAGGUGAAUCCAGACAACAAGCUGCUCUACCAGGAGAGCGCGCUGCAGGACGUGACGGGGAAGUUCAGCCUGGAGGUGAACGGCUCCGCAUGUGUUUCAGCGCAGGUUUCGCUUCACUACAACAUCCCAACCCCAAGAGACCCCACCUCCCUGAGUGUGGAGGUCACAACAAAAGUCAACUGCACCAAACAGUCCCACCAACCCAAAGUCACUCUGGAGCUGAAGUCCCUAUACAGCGGACAGGAGAACUCAACAAACAUGGUCAUCCUGGACAUCAAAGUGCUCUCUGGAUUCGUCCCAGACUCACAAUCUCUGAACAGACUCCAGAGGGCUUUGCUGGUGGACCGUGUCGACCACAAGGAAGACCACGUUCUGGUGUACCUGCAGCAGCUGUUAAAGGAUAAGCCCGUCACCCACCGCCUCGAGCUGGUCCAGGAGCUCCCAGUCCAGAACCUGAAGCCCGCUGUGGUUCACAUCUAUGACUACUACCAGCCAAGUGACAAAGCUGAGAGAGAAUACAUCUACCCCUGUACCGCAGUUGCAGCUUGA